AUGGGCUUCUGUUACAACGGGGGCACCCACGAUGGCAUCAAGUGUCUCUGCACCCCCAUCUUCUAUGGGCCCUCCUGCGAGUUCUCCACUGAGUCCUUCAACACCAACCUCCCAUUCCCAGGGACCAUCUUGGCCCACGCGGACCUCGAGGUGACCGUCACCAACUUUAACUUCACCGAGGACCUCUUGGACAUCACAUCCGAGGCCUAUGGGGCCUUUGAGGACCUCUUCCAUAAGGAGAUGAUGAGGAUCUAUGGGUCCAUCCCUGGAUACGAGGGGGUGAAGAUUGAGACCCUCAGGAGAGGCAGCAUCGUGGUGACCUACGAGGUGUUCUUCACCCUGGUGGCCUCCAACAACGUGAGCCAGGACGUGGAGGACAUCACCCAUGGGCUGGUGCUCACCUUGAAGGAGGUGGAGGAUGGACAAGGGGCCUGCCAGAAUGAGACCGACAUCCUGUGCCUCAAGGUGGCCGAGAACCCUCUCAUAGGGAACGUGACGGAGACAUCAGAUCUGGAUGGUGAGACCCUGCCUGGACCCCAUCACCACCCGUGGACUCGCCAGGUCCAUGGGUGCAACAGCUUCAUCCUCAUCUCAACAUCUUCAUCCUCAUCUCAUACUGUCUCUGUCUCCAUUCCCUCCUACUUCGCGGACACCACAGGCGGUUCUGUCUCCUGCAUCACCACCUGCACCCCCAACAGACCCACCUCACUCCAGUGCCACCAUGGGCAGUGCCGAGUCACCCUCCAGGGGUCCUCCUGCUUGUGA